CAUGAUGAUUCAAAAGUCUAUAAAUUUGAUAGUGAGAUAGACUGGAGUAAGAACACUUCUUGGGUAAGGCUUGGUGAUGGCACAUUAAAAUACAGAAAUGUUGCUCUGAAACCUGUAGAUUUUGAGAAAGGUGGUAACAAACAGAUCAAAAAUUUCUUGAACCACUAUUAUUUGAGGAAUCCUGAUAAGAAAUUAAAUAAAUGCUUCAAGUAUGUCAUUGUGAAACAGCCAGGUAUUAAAGAUGUGGCUAUGAGAAUGAGACUCGUUGAUGAAUUUGAUCCAAAUGUUCAUGAGAUUGAUGCAAUGCAUUAUUUAAAAAAAGAGAGUACGUUCUUAUCAGUCUGUUUAGACAUGGAGGUUGAAGAUAUAGAAAUAUAUAUCAAACAAAAGAUUGACAAAUAUUGCAAUCCUCAAAUGUUGUCAAAUUAUGUGAAUGCAAUGUGA